AUGUACAUCAAAAGCAUAACGAUUCAAGGCUUCAAGUCGUACCGGGACAACACUGCUGUCGAACCGUUCUCACCCCGACACAAUGUAGUCAUGGGCAGGAAUGGUAGUGGUAAAUCCAACUUUUUCUCAGCCAUUCGAUUCGUCCUCUCCGAUCAGUAUACUAUGCUCAGUAGAGAAGAACGGCAAAGAUUGCUCUUUGAACAACGAACCAGCACACACACGACCCUUUCUGCCUACGUCGAAAUCGUCUUUGACAAUUCCGAUGGCAGAUUCCCGAAUGCGUCCUCAGAGCUGUAUCUCAGACGUACAAUUGGACUGAAGAAGGAUGAAUAUUCUCUCGACAAGAAGAGUGCUAGUCGAGCCGAGGUGAUGAACUUGUUGGAAAGUGCGGGAUUCUCCAAAUCGAAUCCUUAUUACAUCGUGCCACAGGGAAAGAUUGCUGGACUCACCAACAUGUCUGAAGCUCAGAGGUUACAGCUGCUGAAGGAUGUCGCGGGAACACAGGUGUACGAGCAGAAGAGGGAAGAGUCGGUCAAAAUCAUGGACGACACCGAUGACAAGCGCGAGAAGAUCAUCGAGCUCUUGUCUUACAUCGAGAAGCGACUGGCGGAGCUUGAAGAGGAAAAAUCUGAACUACAGGAGUAUCAGACAAGCGAUAAGGAUCGGCGAUGUCUGGAGUACGCUCUGUAUCAGAGAGAGCUGGAAGAGGUGACCGAAAAUCUUGAGCGAAUAGAGGAGGAACGACAGAGCGAUGUUCUGAACAGCAAGCAAACUCGUAAGGAGUUCAAUCAGAGAGAGGCUAUUGUCCAGGUGGGUCUCAUCUCACUUGUCCGAUCGCUGAUCACCGUUCAGCAACACGAGGAGGCAUUAACGGCGGCAAAACACUCCCUUUCAGCCGUCUCACUCGCCCUGCGCCAGUACGAGUCUGAAAUGGCGGAUCUCGUCCGAGCCAAAACAGAGAUCGAAUGCGUCCUGAACGAUUACGCCCAAGCUAAUGAAGGCGGGGAACAACGCCGGAAAGACAUUGCGGAAGAGCUGGAACAACUUGAAGACAGGAUCGAAAGUGCUUCCGAGCGACUGGAGGCAUUGCUGUCGGAUCUCGAGGAGAGGCAGGUAGAAGAGCGCGAGGCUAAAGACGCAUUGGACAAAACGUCUUCACAACUUCAGGUGCUGUACGCCAAACAAGGCAGAUCCCGACAAUUCACCACUCAAGCGGCUCGAGACAAGUUUUUGACGGACGAAAUCAAAGCGCUCAAGGGCCACGAGAAAGCACAGCAGAAGCGAGUGUCGGACCUCGAGAAAGACGUCGCGGAGGCAAAGGAUGGCCUGCGAGAUCUGCUCGCUCGGGCCGAGGAGCAACGUAGGACGGACGGCGAGAAUCGGGAGUCUAUGGCAAAGAUGGGCGAGGAGUCCACUCAGCUCAAGGCCAAAUUGGAUGAAAUGCAAGAGCAGCGAAAGGACCUAUGGCGAGAGGAUGCCAAGCUGGGCCAGACGGUGACCAAUGCGAGAGAGCAGAUGCAGUCUCACGAGCGGACACUGAACGGCAUGAUGGACAAGGACACGGCUUUGGGUCUACGCGCUGUCUCUCACAUUGCCCAGAGACUUGGUCUGACUGGAGUCUACGGGCCUCUGUAUGAUCUCUUUGAAGUCUCGGACAAGUACAAAACUGCAGUCGAAGUCACUGGCGGCACGAGCUUGUUCCACGUCGUUGUAGAUAAUGACGACACGGUGUCAAAACUUCUCGAAGUAAUGAACAAGGAGAAAGCUGGACGAGUAACAUUCAUGCCUCUGAACCGACUCAAGAGCCACAACAUCACUUAUCCAAAGGCCAACGACGCCAUACCGAUGAUCAGUAAACUCAAGUUUGAUCGAGCAUAUGUCAUGGCAUUCGAACAGGUCUUUGGUCGGACAAUCAUCUGUGACGACCUUCCGACCGCGGCUCAAUACACUCGAAGCCAUGGGCUGAAUGCUGUCACUGUGGAAGGUGAUCGGGCGGAUCGCAAGGGUUCCCUGACCGGAGGAUACCACGAUGUCCGUCGAUCACGUCUGGACGCAGUCAAGAACCUCAAGAAAUGGCGCGAGGUGUACGAGACUGAUUCGACGCGCCUCGCCGAAGUCAAGGAGGGCAUUGCGAAACUCGAGCAACAAGUCUCGACCACCAUGGGAAAAAUCCAGGUCAUCGAGGCACGACGUCAGCAGAUGCAUGAUGGACGGAGCAUGGUCUCUGCUCAGGCGCAGUGGAUAUCGAGACAGGAAGAGCAGGCUCGUGGUCGAGUUUCCCGCUUGGAAGGAGUGUUGAGCAGCGCGGAGAGCGAGCUGAGAGAUGCGGCGGCAAAGAGAUUAUCUUACGAGGAAGAGAUCAAGACACCGAUGCGUCAAAAUCUGACUGCAGACGAACAGAAGACACUGGAUCGUUUGACAAAGGAAGCAGACGCUCAGAAGACCGCAUUGAUAAGGGCCACAGAAGCCAGACAAAAGGUCGACACCGAGAGGAGCGGCCUCGAGAUUGAGCUCACAGAAAAUCUUCGUCGACGUCGAGACGAUCUCAGAGGCUCCCUAGAUGAUCUUGAGGGUGAUGCUGGAGCGGGUGUACUCCAAGCUGGAGAAGUCGAUUUGAAAAAGAGCGAACUCAAGGGUCUCGUCAGGUCAAUCCAGAAAAUCUCGGAGCAGGUUCAAGAAUCCGAGAAGGAGGGGGAGGAUCUGCAGGCCGAAAUUGCCAAAGUCACUGCAGAUUUAGAAGAAGUGCAGAACCAGCAGAUGGAGAGCACGAGGGCGAUAAUGCGGAUCCAGAAAAACGCGGAUCGAUACCUCGUCAAACGCCAGACGCUCGUGAAUCGAAAGGAGGAGUGCUCAAAUUACAUUCGUGAUCUGGGUGUGCUCCCUGACGAGGCUUUUACCAAAUAUACCGAGACGGAUUCGAACAAGAUCGUCAAGCUCCUACACAAAUGCAAUGACAAGUUGAAAAAGUUUGCACAUGUCAACAAGAAGGCUUUUGAGCAAUACAACAAUUUCACGAAGCAACGGGAUGAUCUUCUGAAACGUCGACAGAAGCUGGACGCCUCGGCAGAUUCCAUCCAGGAGCUUAUCGAGACUCUGGACCAGCGUAAAGAUGAAGCCAUCGAGCGAACAUUCAAGCAAGUCUCGCAAUACUUUGAGGAAGUAUUUGAGACGCUGGUACCGGCUGGGAGAGGACAACUGAUCAUGCAAAAGCGUCUCGGCGGGGCUCAGGAUGAAGAGACCCAAGACUCUAUGGACACCGGGGCAGCUCGAGAGAAGACAGAGAUUGACAACUACACUGGCGUCUCGAUCAAGGUGUCUUUCAAUUCCAAGGAAGAUGAGGGUCAACGUAUUCAGCAGCUGUCUGGUGGUCAAAAGACACUGGUGGCUCUAGCAACGCUCUUCGCCAUCCAAAAAUGCGAUCCAGCGCCAUUCUACCUCUUUGAUGAGAUUGAUGCGGCCCUCGACGCCCAGUAUCGUACAGCUGUAGCCAACAUGAUCCACACGUUGUCUGAGAACGCUCAAUUCAUUACGACCACUUUCCGGGCUGAAAUGCUCGCACACGCUGACAAAUUCUACGGCGUAUACUCGGACAAGCAGAAGGUGUCGACAAUCCACACGAUUGACCAAGAAGUGGCAUACCAAUUUGUGGAGAGCUCAGCGACUGUGGGCAACUUGUAG